UGGUCAGCAUGGCUGCUGCCCACAGUGCACGGUGACAGGCAGGAGCCUGGAAGUGACACGGAGCCCCCGAGUGCAGCCCAUGUCUUGCCCCACCACCCCUGGCAGCCCUGUGGGGCUGAAGUGUUUUGCCAAAGCUUCCCACGACACCAGCCCAGGAUCCCCCAUACUGCCUAUCCCACAGGAUGGAGAAGACACCCCUUGCCACCCCCGGGGAGGAGGACAGCUCUUCCCAGAGGAGCAGCUUUUCACAGAUGGUCUCCUUCUACGACACAACCACGAUGCAGCCACUGCAGCUUGAUGCCAGCUGGUUGCCUGUAUACAAAGAAUCAGAGGACGCUGUGCAUUUCAUCCUGGCCUUUGUCAGCAGCCUUGACAAGGACACCCACAAGUUCACAUUUCUGAAGAGCACCUAUGUCAUGUGCAAAACUGCCUUGAAACGUGGCUUGACCCAGGGCCUGGAUCUAUUCUGCCAAACGUGUGAAGUGGUAGAGAAUAUCAAGGACCUUCUGGAGAAGGAGCCAAGGGACUGGCUGUCCUCACAGAUCCGGUAUCUCGCCAUGAUUACCAUUGAAGAAUUAAGCUUGGUGGAGAAUGUGCUGGAGGGCAAAACCAAAAGCCUGCUCUCUGCAUGUUUCUCAAGCGUCCUCUUGCUUCCCUCAGAAAGGGAAAUGCCACACCAGAACACUUCCCUCUACAUCAAGACCCUGAAAGCCAUGGAUGCAAUGCUGAGGACAAUGGUGCUCAGCUUUCCUGCCUCCAGCGUCAGCAAGGAGCUGCAGGACAUCUUUGAGUUGCUGCUGGACUACACCAGAUCCGAGAGAGAAGCUGUGAGGGAGAGGGCUAUGGGGAGGAUUUGUGUCCUGACCAGUUUGCUGUCCAGCUAUUCCACUCUGAAGCCCUCUGUCAGAUUUGGAAGAGACAGCUGUGGACCUGUGUGCCCUGAAGACAUCUCAGUCCCAGCCAUGGGGAGGCUGGUGGGACGUCUCAUUCUUUUCCGAUAUUCCGAGGAACAAACAAGAUACUCAGCUUUCCACGCUCUUUCUUCCCUCGCUGAAUUCCUCUACAAGUCAAGGCCAAGGGACAGGUCAGACGAAUUCUAUUGGGAAGCUCUGAGCACCUCCUCGCUGUGUUACCUGAGCAUUGCAGAGUGUACCCAGACCUUUGGAAAAUACCUCCCCUCUAGUGAGAGGACAGACAUCAUCCUCGAGGCCAUCGAGGCGAUGAGAGAUGCCAACAUCCUUGACAAGGAGGUGCCCAGCAGCAUGCUGGAUGUGGUCAUGAAAGACCUGGACUUAUGGCUGACAGAUGUGCCCAAGAUAGUGAACUGCAUUCUUGAGAACCUGCUAUGCAUCACCUCAGAGUCAGGCCGUCUGAAAGUGCAGUCACUGUUUUUCCUCGUGACCAGCGAGUACUCCUCAGCAGCGGUCAUCAGCCUGUGCGAGAUGGCUCUUCAGGGAGACAGCACUUUCCAGGAGCUGUGCGACACUCUGUCCUCCACGCCUGGCAUUUUGGACAAGGUCCUAACCGAGUUUGCGACCUUGCUCCAGAACCAGUGGUGCAACCCUCCCAGAGAAGGCACCUGCACCUCUCACGGAGCUCCAUCCUUGGGGCAGAUUGACUUGGAGGAGUUGGGUGACGAGCCCAACAUCUGGGGUGAUCAGGGGCGUCCCAACAUGAUGGUGGCCUUCCUGCUGCUGGAAGUCCUCGCUGGGCUGUCAGAGAGAAUUGACAUGUCAAUAAAAUUUGAAGCCUUCCUGCCAACCAUGAUGAAGAUACUGGAAGCUGGCAGUGAAGAUGAGAAGCUGAAGAUCAUCAAGGUCUUCCGAAAUGUCCUGGGUCAGCUGAAAAUGUCAAAGGCCAGCUCUGUCGCUGUGGCACUGGUGGAGAAGAUCCUGCCCCUCUUUGACUCGGAGAACGGCCAGCUGCGAGAGCUCUCCCUCUGGCUCCUCAGAGACCUGCUGGGGUGCGUGGUGAGCAGGGAUGAGAAGAUGAUGAGGAGGCAGAUACAGGGUGCACUGAUCCCGCUCCUCUUCCGUAUGAACGACCAGCUCCCCAGCGUGGCCAAGGCUUCCAGGGAAGCCCUUUUUGCUGCUGCAGAGCUUCUCAACUGGAAGCAGCUCAAGCACCUGCUGCAGAAAGAGCGGAUGUGGGAGCUUGGAGAAUGCUUGCUAAUGAUGAGGAGGAACAGGGCUGAAGAGUUCAUGCAUCAGAGCCUGCCCUACCUGAGGGAUGCUCAGUCCUCAGUGCGCCUGGCGGCCGUCAGGUUCAUCAGGUGCGCCGCGAGGCACGUGAGGGAGCAGGAUUUGGAGACUCAGGCUCACAUCCUCCGUGCCCUUCAGCCCUUAGAGAGAGACAGGGAUAUCUCAAUCAGCUGCAUGGCAGCCCACACGGGCUUGAUCCUGAGAGCUCCAAGGGUGCAGAGAAGAUCGUGGGUCGUUCUGCAAACGCUGUGCUGCUGGUGCCGGUGAGCUCAGCAGAGCUGCAGCUUUCUGUGGAUUAAUAAAGGUGGAGAAACACA